AUGUUCAACCAUUCCGUUGCAAUUUGGUUGCUAUUGAUUCCAGUACUUUUAACAAUAACGAUAGAUGGGCAGUACAUUGGAGCCAGGCAAAGGAUAUUCCAUCCCCUCAGAGCACCUACUAUACAAAGGGGUGAUCAGUCGCCCCUACCAGAUAAUGAUCCAUACCCAGAUAGCAGAAGUCUUCAAGAAAUACACCCCCUGACAGACAUCUUCAAGUUUAGACGGCAAGGCUUCAGCCACAACCAGGGUUAUGAGCCUAAGAAGCUACAUCCAUGUGAACAGAGCUCCUGUUACCCAGCCACUGGCAACUUGUUGAUAGGUAGAGAAAGCCAGCUCUACUCUUCCUCUACUUGUGGUCUUCAUGGUCAACAGAGGUACUGUAUAGUAUCCCAUUUGGACGCUGAAAGGAAAAAAUGUUUCUGGUGUGACUCUCGACCAGCGACCAAACCAAAUCCAUUUCUGAAUCACAAUAUAAGCAAUAUUGUGUAUAGGCUAUUUCCUGGUACACGUCAGAAGUCAUGGUGGCAAUCAGAAAACGGGAAGGAAAGGGUCAGUAUCCAGUUGGAUUUGGAAGCAGAAUUUCAUUUUACCCAUUUGAUCAUCACUUUUAAAACUUUUCGGCCAGCUGCUAUGUUGAUAGAAAGAUCAUAUGACUUCAACCAGACUUGGCAGGUCUAUAGGUACUUUGCCCAUAAUUGCACUGAAAGUUACCCAGGAAUUCGGGAAGGAACUGCCAAAAAUUUAACAGACAUCGUGUGCGAAUCUAGAUACUCCGGGGUUGCACCAUCAACUGAUGGUGAAAUUAUCUACAGGGUUUUACCACCUAACUUGCCCAUUGAUAAUCCUUACUCUGAACAAGUUCAAGGUUUACUGAAAAUCACGAAUCUGCGUAUAAAUUUCACAAAGCUGCAUACCCUUGGAGACGAUCAUCUGGACAGGAGGGAAGAAAUUCAAGAAAAAUAUUAUUAUGCCAUUACUGAUAUGGUUGUUCGCGGUUCGUGUUCUUGCUAUGGCCACGCAAAUCGUUGUUUACCACUACCAGGAAUAGAUCCCAAACCUGACAUGGUCCAUGGGAGAUGUGAAUGUACUCACAACACUAGGGGACGAAAUUGCGAGAAAUGUGAAGACUUCUUUAACGAUUUGCCAUGGAGACCUGCGAUCGGAAAACAAACAAACGCAUGUAAAAGAUGUAACUGCAAUAACCAUGCAACGAGUUGUCAUUUUGACGCUGCGUUGUACGAAUCAACUGGAAGAGUAAGUGGUGGGGUGUGUGAUGGAUGCCAGCACAAUACAAUGGGACCGAACUGUGAACAGUGUAAACCAUUCUUCUACAUGGAUCCCCAAAAAGACAUCCAAAACCCAGAAGUUUGUCGAUCAUGUGACUGUGACCCACAUGGUUCUUUGGAUGGCGGUAUAUGUGACUCGGUGACCGAUCCUGUCAACAAUCUGGUAGCCGGGAGCUGUCACUGCAAAACAAAUGUUGACGGUCGUCGUUGUGAUGUUUGCAAAAAUGGUUAUUGGAAUUUCACUGACGCGAACCCUGAUGGCUGUCAAGAGUGUACUUGCAAUACAUUCGGAACCAUCGACAACCAAGGUUGCAAUGUAGGAACCGGUGAAUGUUUCUGCAAACGUUACGUAACCGGUAGAGACUGUAACCAGUGUCUCCCGCAAUAUUGGGGGCUCUCUGACAAAAAAGAUGGUUGCCAACCUUGUGAAUGUGAUCCAGGUGGUUCUGAAGAUAACUUUUGUGACGUUAUAACUGGGCAAUGUAAAUGUAGGGACCAUAUGACUGGAAGAAGUUGUAACUCACCUACACAACAGUACUUCACAGCUAGCUUAGACUUCUUACUUUACGAAGCUGAGGCAGCUAGAUCUAGUGGUCAAGUUGUUAUUAGAGAACCAUACAGAGAUGGCAGAGAUGACACUUGGUCUGGGACAGGCUUUGUCAAAUCCUUUGAAGGAGGCUUCCUAGAAUUUGUAGUAGAUGAGAUAAAGACUACAAUGAACUACGAUAUUGUAAUUCGGUACGAACCAACUUCGCCGAACAGCUGGGAAGAAGUGACUGUAACUGUUGAUCGACCACAAGGUAACCGAGAAGGAAUAUGCGCUGAUGCAGAUCCAGCAGAUGACAUCAAGACUGUUACGUUGCCUUCAAACGCAAGAAGUGUAACAUCAUAUCCACCUAGUUGCUUCGAAGCCGGAAAAACUUACAGGGUUAGACUCGAGUUCAGACGAUCUGAGUUCCAAAAAGAAGUGCCCUCAGCUUCAGUGUUGAUCGAUUCAAUUGUAUUGAUACCAAGGAUUGAAGAUAUUCCGUUCUUCCAUGGCUCGGCAGCUGCUGACAUCAGAAGGAAAGAAUAUGAGAGGUUCCAUUGCUCUGAUCCAAGGUAUUUCGGGAAAAAUGUAGAUAUCCCAGAAAUCUGCAAGAAAUAUUUCAAUAGCAUUGCUGCAUAUGUUUUCGAUGGAGCUUUCUCAUGUCAGUGUGACCCGACCGGAUCAGUAAGUAAACUUUGUGAUCCACAUGGAGGGUUCUGUACAUGUAAACCAAACGUAUUAGGAAGACGUUGUGACAGAUGCGCGCCUGCGACAUACGAUUUCAGUCCGGAAGGUUGCAGAUCGUGCGAUUGUAAUAGUAUUGGUUCUUUAGACAACUUAUGUAACGCUACUACUGGCCAGUGCAAAUGCAGAGCCAACACCUAUGGAAGAGAGUGUGAUCAGUGCCGAACUGGUUUUUGGAGGUUCCCUAAUUGCGAGCGAUGCGAUUGUAAUGGCCAUGCCGAUAUUUGUGAGGCAAAGACUGGUGUUUGUAUCAAUUGCAGAGAUAAUACUCAGGGAGACCACUGUGAAUACUGCGUGAACAGCUACUUUGGCGAUCCGAGAAUCAACGUGGACAUUCCUUGUAGACCAUGCCCUUGUCCAGGUCCUAUUGGAUCCAACCAUUCUUAUGCCAACACAUGUAUGCUGAACCCUCACACCAAAGAUGUAAUUUGUGAGUGCCAAGAAGGUUACUCAGGAGCUAGAUGUGAUGUUUGUUCAGACAAUUACUUUGGGAACCCCGAAGAACCUGGUGGUUCUUGUAGGAACUGCGAAUGCAACGAUAAAGUUGACCUUCUUGCUCCCGGUAACUGUGAUCCACACACUGGAAGAUGUCUUAAAUGUUUGUAUGAGACUACUGGGGAACACUGUGAAAUUUGUAGAGCCGGAUUCUUCAGAUAUGCCGAUGACAAGCUGUGUGAGGAAUGCGUGUGUCAUAUUCUGGGAACCAAUAGCUCAGCUGGACCAUGUGAUCCUUCUAGUGGACAGUGCCCUUGCUUGCCAAAUGUGUCCGGUUUAAGAUGUGAUGCUUGCAUAACAAAUCACUGGAAAAUUGCUAGUGGAAAAGGUUGCGAAGCUUGUGCUUGUGAUCCUCUAGGAUCACUGAGUCCUCAGUGUAAUGAAUUCGAUGGACAAUGUCAAUGCAAACCUGGCUUUGGAGGAAGACAGUGCAAUGAAUGUAUGCCUAGAUUCUACGGCGAUCCUAAUGUUCAGUGCUUAGAAUGCCAAUGUGAUCAUAUGGGUGCCAAAACAGAUCAAUGUAACAUGCAGACUGGAACCUGUGUAUGUCUACCAGGUGUGGGAGGAUACAAAUGUGACAGAUGUGACAGAGCAUACAUAGGAUCAGUUCCAGAUUGUAUACCUUGUGGAGAAUGUUUCGAUAAUUGGGACCGUAUUUUGCAGGAAGCUAAAAAUCAAACACUGGAAAUUAUCGAAAGAGCUGGGGAUAUAAAGAAAGUUGGAGCCACUGGUGCCUACACUAAAGAAUUUGAUGAAAUGCAAAACCAGUUGGAUGAAAUCGAACAGUUGUUGACUAAUACUGAUGAAGUUGAUGUUGGAGAAAUAGAAGAUGAACUGCAACAGCUAGGAAUAAGGAUAAAUAAAACAGAGAACGAGAAACUAAAUAAGCUAGAUGAUGAAUUGGAUGAUAAUAAGCAACUGAUAUUGAUCAAGGAACUGAAACUAAAGAGUUUGGUUGAUAGUUUGAACAACCUGAGGAAGAAAAUUAGUGAAUUGGAGAAGAAUGGAACCAGACUUCAAGAAGCGAACGUACAGGGUGCUCUAACACUCAUUGGUGAUGCGAAGGAAAAAGCUGACAGAGCAGUAAAAAAGGCUGAAAAUUCUAAGGAUGAUGUGGAAUAUGCCGAAAUACAGUGCACUGCUACAGCAACGUUCAUCAACAAUACUGAGAAGAUGUACACAAAGCAAUCAGAAGAUAACAAAAAUGAGCUGCUGAAUAUAUCGGCGAAACUUGAGAAACUCAAUAGUCAGAUUCCAGAGUUGAAUAAUUUAGUUUGUGAUGGUCAUGGGGACCCUUGUGACGCUAUUUGCGGAGGAGCAGGUUGUGGAUACUGUGGAGACUUACUUUCUUGCGCUAAUGGAGCCAAACAGCAAGCUAACACUGCAAUAGAGCAUGCUAAUAACACCGAAAUAGCACUCAGAAACAAAGAAAGCUCAGCUAAUGAUUUCAUCAGAAAUGUAUCAUUGAUAAACACCAAUGAAACAAGGACACUUGCACAAGAAACAUUCAAUAAAAUUUUGGAGGAGUUGAAGAAGGCUAAUAAUUCUCUCAAAGAAGUCACCGAUAUGAGAAAUGAAAUGCGAGAAUUUUCAGGACAAAACAACACGAAACCUGCAGAUAUAAAGAAAUUGGCAGAGGAGAUAUUACAGAAGAAUGUUCAGAAAACACCAGAGGAGGUGAUGGAAUUGGCUGAGAAUAUCAAAAAUGCUGUUGAUCGUCUCACAAAUACUGAUUACAUCAUAGAAGCUACAAAAGGUGAUUUAGCUAGGGUGAACAUUUUGAAAGAACAAGCCAUAUAUGCAAAAUCUAAUGCUACAAAAUUGCUCAAGGAAGCUGAGGAUGUCAAUAAAUCUUUGAACGAAACCCAGGGUGCUCAGGUAGAAGCUGAAGAAGCUAUAGAAAAGGCUUGGGAUGACUAUAAAACUGUAGAAGAUAUACUGUAUGAGAUUGGGAACAAUACAGAAGCAGCACAGAGUACUACGAACGAAAUUGAUGAACACAUUCGCGUUCUGAAGGAUAAGCUAACAGAUCUCCAGAGAAACAUCACUGAUAAUGGUAUUUUUGCAAAUAGAGUAAUUGAGGAAUCCAUUAAUAUUGUGAAAAAUGCCAGAAAGACUACCGACGAUUCAGCAGUAUUGCAAAAUAGAUACAAUAGUGCAACUAAUGAACUGAAAGAAAAACUCGAGAAUGUUAAAGCUACCAAAGAAAGAGCCAACGAGUUAUUCACGAAAGCUCUGACUUUGGUAGCGAAGGUAACUAAGAGUCAAGAAGAUAUACAAAGAUUGGAGGAUAGUGGUCAAGGUGAGGAAUUGGAAAAUCUGGAAAAUAUUUUACAAGAUUUGAUAAGGAAAAUGAACAGACAUACUACAAAACUUGAAGGUAGGGUCCAAUACUACAAAUCUUGCAGUUAA